CCGAAUCCUUUGGCUCUGUUUCGCGGAGUUCAGCAUGGACACCACGUAGCGUAUUAAUCUCUUAUCAAAUAUAUAACAAUCAUGAAGCUUCAAUCUUCUUCAUAUCACAGUGUUCAAUGUAAGAAAUCCUCACAGAGUUAUAAUGAGGCGUCCUCGUGCAAAAAGAAAUCAUGAUACAGAAAGCGCGCAGCGAAGAAAGCAUAAACGGUGGAGGUCGGAGGAGGAUGAACUCAUCCGCAAGUACGUAGAAGAGUAUGGAGACAACGACUGGCGUUAUGUGGAGCAGCGUUUUCCCGAUCUCAGCCGUUCCAGAACUAGCUGCCGCAAGCGGUGGAAGUCUGCACUCCAAUCUACAGUCGCCCAACACCCUUUCUCCCCUGAGGAGAAAACCAGAAUUCGAGGGCUUUAUCGAAUGUUGGGUGGCAAAUGGCGUCAAAUAAAAAACGUUCUUUGGGGUGAUGAGUCUCCUGUAAAGAGAACGGAGUGUGACAUAAGGAAUAAUAUCAAUCAAAUAUUGUUAGAGCAAUCACAUGAUCAACAUUGUAGUCCAACCGUUCAUUCUAUCAGAAGCUCUUCUGAUAUUGAUAAUGAUGCAUGGAAGCAUGCAAGCGAUAUGGGGAACAUUAAUCAAAAAUAUGAAGAGACCAGCAGUGUUGGCGACCCAUCGUUAGAUGUCUCAUUGCCCAUUCCUGUCAGUGGCGAAGAGCAUUGA